AUGGAGUUUCGCCUUCUGGUAGAGGCUCAAGAAAACACAGACCGCCCUGUCAUUUUCCUAUCAAACAGACGAUGGUCUGUCACAGAACCUCUCGACAUGACCUCCCAAAACGUGCCUCAAUAUGCAUGCAUCUCCUACGUUUGGGGCUCCGGACGACUUUCCAAUCCCUUCCAUCCAUCAGUCAAGAUGUCUGAUCACACACUUCCUGCCCUCACCGCGGCAAUGCACGAUCCCAGUCUGACAGCAUUCUGGAUCGACGCCUUUUGUGUACCCGUCGCUCAACCGCAGAAAGGAGCCACGCUGGAGAGUAUGGGAGCUAUCUACGGUCGCGCAGCGCGGGUUGUCGUGGUGCUCUCCAAUACGACCUGGCACGCAAUUGAUCAAAUUACGCGCACAAACUUUGCGAGUGCGCUCGAAUUUUCGGACUCGCCCCUCAAAAUCUUGGAACAGGAUAUGUGGAUCAAAAGCGUAUGGACAUACCAAGAGGUCGUAAACAGUCAAGGGCUUUUCCUCACAGCAGAAAGCGCAAUCUGCGAGCCAAUCGAGGGAGAAUCCUUUCUCAAUGCCUUGGGCCAAUACCUUGAACUUUUUCGUCAAGCCAACGGCCUCACUACAUACGACCUGCGAGAACACUUUCCAUAUGUCGACGCCUUUGAAGAUUUGAUAGCAGAUUGGAGAGUGGCUGUAUGGUGCGGUAGGUCCGCUUUACAGGUCAUGUCUGGGAUGUGGAGGCGAAAAUGGUUCGAGGAAGCAAAUUACUUUUAUGCGAUGAUUGGCACCAUAACAGGUCUUCCCUCGAGACGCUCCUCUCAUCCCUCUAUCCAGUCGCUCUCCGAGUCAUUCAUGAGAGUUUGCGAGGAAAAAAGCGAUUUCUCUUUCAUAUACUCGACUGCUCCUCGAGACACCCUUUCAGGAAGGCUUUGGCGCCCUUCUCCUACUCUCCUGCAACCUGUAUUGUCUUGGCACACCUGGGGUGAAAGUCAGCGUGGGGAGCGGCAUGCGAACGGGCUUACACUCAAGGACAUGUUCCAGUUGACCCAAUCUCACAUUGUGAACGAACUGCAUGCCCGUCAUACUUUGGAGCGCCUUCGAGUGAAGAACGAGCACCCUACUAGCGAGGAGGUCACCGUUCUUCUACUGUCAGUCCUCAAACAAAUGGGGUUCACUGGAUGCGGACAGCAUCUUACCUUCUUCGAGGGAUUGUUUUUUCCACAGGAUCCGAUCAUGUUAGAUGCCGGGGUUGAAGUUUGGGUGUCCACAUCAAUAACUUGGACUUUCGGCGCUCCAGGCAUAGCGAUUACCACCGAUGGAGGCCGCAAGCAGUAUAUCUCGGGUGUUUUUUUGGGUGACAGGUCGACUGCUAUGGUUGGAUCGGAAGUGGCAUUGCUCGAUAAUGCUGUUCAACAGCUUGAUAGAUCUAUGAUUGGAUGA